AUGGCCGAAGCUGUUCACGAUAUUGUGAAAGAAACACCGUAUCAUCUGGUUGGCCAUGAUGUGGGCGGCUGGAUUGCUUAUCCUUGGGCCGCUCAAUUCCAAUCGAGAAUCAAAUCGCUCAGUAUCCUGGACGCCUCAGUGCCGGGUUUCCUACCCCAGUUUCAGUUUCCAUUGACUCAUGACACCAACAAACGUCUUUGGCAAUUUUCAUUCAACGCUCUCCCUGAAUUGCCUGAAAUCCUGACUCGCGGCCGCGAGCGAGAGCUUUUGAAUUGGUUCUUCAAAUUGAAGGUUCAUGCAAAUGAUUUCCCCAAGGAUCAAUUUGAACGCUAUAUCCAGGUUUACUCAAGACCAGGAGCGAUGAGUCGGGGGUUCGAGUACUACCGAGCUUUUGGGACAAGUGCGAAACAGAAUCUGGAAUUUGCAAGGAAACCACUCGAGAUCCCUGUCCUAGCUUUAGGUGGCGCCAGCUCCGUUGGUUCGGAUAUGAUUAAUUUGGUCCGAAAAUUCGCGACCAAUGUUUCCGGAGGUGCAAUCCAUGACUGUGGACACUUUCUCCCCGAAGAGCAACCAUCUGCUACCGCGCAAAGACUGCUGGAGUUUUUGGAGGCGAACCGCACAGAGUGA